AUGAACACGCCCCACGCCCCCCGAACAACGACGGCGCUGCCCCUCGACGACAAUUCUCACGACACAGCAAACAACACUUUUAGAGGUCGUGAUACCUCCCUUCGCUCAUCUUCUCGUCCCAUACCAGUUCCAGGCCAUAGCCGUGCUGGUGCAUCCCUUACACCAAACCCCCGUCGGCACGACCACGCCUAUGCUACACUGUCCACUAGUCCUCUGUCGUCCUUCACGCUUCCUGAUGUCUCUGUCACCACGCCGCCACUUGCUCAUUUUCGCGCCGAUACUACAAUAGCACCGGCUUCCAUACAAGACGGGGAACUCCCCCCGGCGCAACCACAAACACUGACUAUUGGGUCACCGGCUGUCCCGAGACGUUCUGUCAGCCCUGUCGGCGGUUUACGCAUCUCGACUGAUUUUAUCCAACGCCCGAAAACACCGGACCGUCGCGAGUCUUUUAACAACGGAAACGGCAAUGGCUCUUCUCGAGGCUCAUCGUCAUUGAACCACAGGGCUUCAUUUAACAACCUACACCCUCUUUCGAGGACCCCGAGUCUGAAGGCGGCUUUGAAUAACAGUCUUGGCUCUGUCAGUGGAACGAGUAGCCUCGUACCUAGCCCGAUUAUUUCUGCUAUGGGAGAUAUGACGCCUCUCCCGAGCCCGCUCAUGACGGGUGAUUCUCCAGGACCCUGGAAGAGGCUGAGCGUGGGUUCCUCGUCACCUCAUCAGCAGCGCCUCACGAGUGUUGGAGAGGGCUCUGUUCUGGUCACAAGCACAGGCGAAUCGAUUGAUGCUGCACUUGCAAAUGGUGCUAAACGCAAAAUAUAUUCAACCCUCGAGCCCGGCGACCACAUACCGCCACAGCCAUCCGUUAACCAGCCGCCCAAGCACCAUACACGAAACCGAAGCGUGAGCGAGUACAAGCCUGAUCCUAUGAAUAUCCCCAAGAGACAGAUAUCAGUCUCUGCACGACCGAACAACGAAGCCGCUCCACGGGAGCCCUCAAUACGACGAGAAGCCAACCUUGCUGAAUCCCGGGGACUUACACCUUCGGUCGUCAAGCCACCUACGCCUCCUCCUAGUGAGUCGUCGCGAGACUCUGCCGAUGGAAGCAGUAAACCUCGAGGACACAACUUUGAAUAUUUUGAAGCAAACGGACGCAAUGAUAAGAAGCGCCGACGGUGGAGAGCUGUGCGGAUGCUUGGUCAGGGCACGUUCAGCAGAGUCAUGCUGGCAACGAGUCAGAUAGAACCUGACGAGGACUCCCCUGAGGUUGACCAUGGGAGGCUUACACCCAAGCCUGAGCAAAGCCUUGACCGCAAGACUUUGGUUGCUGUCAAGGUUUGUGAGCAUGGUCCAAAAGGUGGUGCCAGUGAAGAACGUGUUGAGAUGAGCUUGAAGCGAGAGCUUGAGAUCAUGCUCUCAAUACACCAUCCCUCGCUAGUCGAUCUGAAGGCUUGGAGCAUUGAGCCGAGCCGAGCCAUUCUUGUGCUGAGCUAUUGCCCAGGAGGUGAUAUGUUCGAUAUUGCCACGACGCAUCGCGCUGUGCUCAAGGAGCCUCUACUGCGAAGAAUAUUCGCCGAGAUGGUUGGUGCAGUGGCCUAUCUCCACGAGAGGAGGAUUGUUCACCGAGAUAUCAAGCUUGAGAAUGUUCUUGUCAACCUCACACCCUCUGAGCUUGCCGAUCCGUCAAUUGAUUGGGCGACCUACCCCUACUCAGUUGUCAACCUGGGUGAUCUGGGACUCUCAAGACGCAUCGCAGAUGACGAGAAGCUCGAGACUCGAUGUGGAUCCGAGGACUAUGCAGCACCUGAGGUCAUCAUGGGUCAGCCCUACGAUGGUCGGGCGACUGAUGCUUGGUCACUUGGUGUACUCCUUUACGCUCUCCUCGAGGCGCGACUCCCAUUUGAUCCUCACCCAGGUAUGAGUGAUGCGCAUAGGAUGCGUAGUCGCACCAGUCAUCGAAUUGCCAGAGUCGAGUGGAAGUGGGUAGAAUACUACGGUGAUGACACCGACCACGACGGCGAUGAGGCCAAGUUCAAGGCUAAGGGUCUGCUUGGUGCCAUGGAGAUCACGGAAGGAUUGCUGAGACGCGCCAGGGGUCGAUGGACCGUUGACAAGGUGGCCAAAACCCCUUGGGUCCAGGAUGCCAUUAAGGUCGAAGGCGGUAUACGCUUUCGAGAGGAGAAAGACGGCGAAGAAGUGUCUUGA